AUGACCGACACGUACGCAAUGGAGAUCCUCGAGGUGUUUCCGGACGACGACGAGGCCACGAGCAUGGAGCAUAUCUCGGCCUUCCUUGCAACAAUGUCUGACUUUGGCCCGAGCUCGCCCACGACGUCGGUCGACCCGGUGCCGUCGAGCCCGAGCUCGGACGAAGCGCCGCCCACGAUCAACACACAAAAGAAGCGCGCCCGGCGCGAGCGACCUAAGCAAGAGAUC